AUGGCUAUUCGAGACCACUUCAGCCGCCGCAAGUCUAUCUGCGAUCCCAGUCAAAGUGAGCGGCACCGCUCCGAACCACCGAAGUCGCACACCCUCCGCCUGGCCAAGACAUUCGGCUGGCGCUCAACGAAGGGCGAGAAACCCAAGAAGAAGCCCAAAAAGGAGAAGAGCGACCCGCGCGAGCGGCCCUUCAGCGAAACCAACCUCAGACACCAGGAGAUCCUCAACGGCUUCACCAUGACUUUUGGCAAGAACCACCAGCAGAUGAGCCGCGAUCAGCGGUCGAGCUACAUCAGCGUCAACGUCAGUCCUGGCACAUCACGGCACAACAGUGUGGACGUGGACGACAGCCCUCUCAGAAUGAACCCAUUGCCAUGCGAGCGGCAGUUCCGGUCCGUGCCGGAAGAGGAUGAGAGAUCCUGA